GAGAUGAAUGUGCACAUGGACUGCGAGGGCUGCGAGAAGAGAAUAAGGAAGGCCAUGUCCCGGCUCGAAGGCGUGAGCACUGUCGAGAUCGACAUGGACAUGCAGAAGGUGACGGUGACGGGGUACGUGGAGCGGCGGAGGGUGCUCCGGGCGGCCGAGUUCUGGCCGUCGCCGUACGACGCCGGGUACUACCCGUUCGCGAUACGGUACCUGGAGGACGACACAUACCUGCCCACGCACAGGUACCACCUCCACGGCUACAACGAUCCGGUGGUGGGCUACUACCCCGGCCACGCCUUCACGCACAUCCUCGACGACCGCGCGCUCGCGCUCUUCAACGACGACAACGUACACGCCUGCACCGUCAUGUGAUCCUCCAUUCCUCCGGAAGAAAUUUACAAAAAAGAAAUGCUAUUAAUAUAGGACGAAGAAUACACGUCAAGUGUUUCUAGCUAAUCUAGGGCAAGGGGAAUAUGCUAUCCUUUGGA